UUUAAGCAGUGGCCGUCAUGACACGUGAUGUGGACAUCUUAGCAGCCCCUCCCUCGGACUUCAUCUAAUGGACGCCAACGCUUGAAUCUGGUGACCAGCAUUCAUCCUGGUUGUAAUAUUUAAACGGUCCUAAUACUUGGCCCUCCUGACGAUGGCCUCAUAAACCCGGCACCUGAUAAUAAUAACGUUUGAAGCACCGGCUGUCUUUGACCUCACCAACAUGGCGGACGACGGGGGACAAAUAUUCGUUGGUUGGAUUUAACAAGGCGAAAAAGUACCAGCUUACUUUCCACAAAUAAAUAUCUAACCCGACGAAAAACACGUUUGGAGAAAGAAGUGGGCGAGCAUUUCGCCUCGCAAGCGAUUGAUUUUUAAGCAAUUAAGUACGCCCGCCCAUGGUGCUGUGCGCGGGUGGGCGGCCACGUCACUGAGCGUUGUUGGUGGGGCCGCGGCGGCUGGGUAAUGGAGGUGGGCGGGCAGCCGGCUGGUGAAGCACCGUGGGCUGCCCGGAGCUGCUGCUGAGACCAAAGUAGGCUUGCCAGGAGGAGUAACAGCAAGAUCAUGGGUUGUUUUGGUUUGUGCCUGGCCUUCGUGAGGAAAGCCUUGCUGACAGUUCUCCUGGUACUCUUUUAUUACUGUUUCUCCAUAGGAAUCACCUUCUACAACAAGUGGGUGAUGAAGAGGUUUCAUUAUCCUAUCUUCAUGACUUUGGUUCACCUGGUAAUGAUCUUUGUAUUCUCUGGAAUAAGCAGAACACUUGCCUCGUGGUAUACUGGCAAGCCAUACGUUUGUCUAUCAUGGGAACUAUAUCUGAAGAGGGUUGCGGCCACAGCCCUAGCAAGUGCAUUAGACAUCGGACUGUCUAAUUGGAGCUUCAUGUUUAUCACUGUUUCACUGUAUACAAUGACAAAGUCAACUGCUGUCUUAUUUAUUUUAUUCUUUGCAGUUAUAUUCAAGCUAGAGAAAUUGAGAUCGUGGCUUUUGGUAGUUGUCUUAUUAAUAGCUGGAGGCCUCUUCAUGUUUACAUAUAAGUCAACUCAGUUUAACCUAAAAGGAUUCAUUCUUGUAUUGAUCGCAUCCUUCAUCGGCGGGAUACGAUGGACACUGACACAGAUGCUUACCCAGAAGGCAGAUCUAGGUUUACAGAAUCCUAUUGACACCAUGUACCAUCUCCAGCCUCUGAUGUUCAUUGGUCUUUUUCCGUUGUUUAUGUUCAGUGAAGGACUCAGCCUGUCUGCUUCAGAGAAAUUAUUUCGCUACCAUGAGACCUCCACAUUACUACAUAUGGUAUUUAUUUUGGCUGGAGGAGGACUUAUAGCAUUUGGACUCUGCUUCUCUGAAUUCCUUUUGGUUUCAAAAACAUCCAGCCUGACCCUAUCCAUUGCGGGUAUUUUUAAGGAAAUCUGCACACUGGUCCUUGCUAGCCAUUUGCUGGGUGACCAGCUGACUGUUUUAAACUGGUUGGGAUUUGCAAUGUGCCUAUCUGGAAUCUCAUUACAUAUUGCACUUAAAGUCAUUUAUUCAGAAGAUUCAUCCAAAGACAAAAGGAUGGAUAAACUCCAUGAUAUGGCUUUGACUGACAUUGAUACGGAGUUACUCCUAAGAAAUGGACAGGCAAAUGAAGAGAGUGAAGAAGAGGAUGUCAGACAUCAGUGAUAACUUCUUGGAUCUACAUUGUCAACCAUCCUUGGGCUCUGCCUUUCAUUGUACAUUUGCUGUGCAAGGAUGUGCCUAUAAUAGCUUUAAACCUUGUCUUUGUAAUCCAGUCAAUGAUUGGGAACUAGUUAGAUGGGCAUCAUUUGCACUGAGAAUGGGCAUCCCUCUGACGAAGAGCAGCAAUUGAAGUAACAGUGAAAAUAUCAAAUACAUUUUAAUGUUAUUGCAGUUUUCCAUCCUCUUCAGCUGUGGUGAAAUGGACCUAUAUUUAGUUACGGAUUCGGAUCUUCAAGUUCGGGUCCUUGGAGAAUAUUUUCAGCUGUACAGCUGUGGGUGAAAGUACUACUAGUUGGGAUCUAUGGAUGGCGGACAUAGCAACCUGUGGUGGAAGGUGUAUUGUGCUGCACUGAAACAGCAAUUUAUCUUUUCUCCUGUAGUCAGUUGAUACUAAUUUAUUGAAUAAGGCAGGUGACAAUGCUGGGUUGAAUUGAAAUGUUUAUAUUUGAUCAGUUGUAAAGAAAAAAAGAGAAAAAGGACACUGAUUAAUGUAGGUAUGAAAUUCAGGUAUAAAUCUUUUCUUGAUAUCAUGUGGGUAUAAGUCUCAAUUGAAAUGACUCUUCAUUUGAGUUUGUUACUAUUUCUCAAAAAUGUACCGUUUUACUUGGAGGAAGUGAAACGUGAAUUCUAUACAAUAUAUCCAAAAUGUACCAAAAGACAAAAAAAAAACAUACCCACUACAGGACCUGACACUCAGGCAUGAUUAGAAACAAGUGAAAUAGUUAUCUGCAGAAAAUUACAGUUGAUGUUUUAGGUUGCAAGUGAUGGGUAACCUUGUGCAAUGUGCAGUAUUUUUAAGAUUAAGAUCCUCUGUUGUUCCACAGUAAAGCCUUGUCUAUGGCACAUGGAAAAAAGAAAUGUCUAGAGGUCACUGUAGUCUUCCAAUUAAUUACACACUCCUCAAAUAUCUGACCUAUUCUCCCUGAAAAGUUCCAUCCUACUUUCCUUCACUUUGGUAGUGGCAGUAACAUAAUGAGUCUGAGUCUUAAAUGAUCUCCACCAUGUAUCGUCUGUUGUCCCUAACCAGUCAAGCAAGUACAAGGUACCAGGACUAUUUUUGAAGAUCUUUAAAUCUUUCCUUCUCAGACUCUUUCUGCCUGAUCUACAUCCUGCUUUUCUCCCUUUUUACUGGUUCUUUCACCCACUGAUUUUUUUUUUUCCCUCCUUCCCUCCGCAUCUGAAAAGUUGCCAUUAAUUCAAUUAUCUCCCUUGCCCUGCCACAGGAGUCAGGCCUUCACUUGUGGCUUUGUCAUAAUUAUAAGAAUCCUUCACCAUAAAUAAUAAAACCAGCAGAGUUUCAUUUGUAGCUCAUAGUAGCUAUUCUUUGUUCCAUGGAAUUGUUCUUCAUAAAUUACUUCACUCAGCACCCCUGCCCCCAAUUAACCACUGCCUAACCCCACCCUUGCCUCCAGAUGUACUGGGCGUUAUCUGCCAAUUGGAUAAUUGUGUGCUUUUAUGCACUAGAUACUACUUGCUAUUUUUUUUUUGCAGUCAUCACUUACUCUUGUUCUUCUGGUUUACUAUUUCUCUUAAACUGAGUCGGCUACCCACUGCAAUGUAGCUUCAUGCAUUUCUCCUUGUAUGUGUUGCAGAGUGCCGCAGUUACAGUGGCAUGCAAAAGUUUGGGCGCCCCUGGUCAAAAUCUACACUAUUCACCCAGAAAUAAUAAAUAAAGUUUAGGGACUGCCAUUAAUGAGUCUCAGUCCCAGGGAGCUAACAAUUUAGUUAAGAUGGAGUCAAAAUAAUUUAUUUUUCAGUCAACAAGAUCUGAUUGCUGGGGUCCAGUUCUGAAAGCGGACAUCAGGCAAUAUGUUCUUUUUGCACACACCAGAAUAAUUUUUUUUUAGUUGAAUAAGCAGUGAGAUUUGGAAUCAGCAGAAAAUGUUUUAAUUUUACUCUUUUCCCCACUUGUUUGCAAAUUUCAUAAUUUUGAUGUAUCCAUUCCCACCCAACCUGUUUGGUUUACUAACUGCAAAGAUUUUUCUGCUCAUGAGAUUUUGGUACAUUUCAAUAACAAAUUACUUUCAAAUACAGGUAAGCCAUUGCUGUUAGCCUUGUCCAAGUGUAUUGAUAUCAUCCCUUAUUGAAGGCUUGGAAAUGAGGAAAGUGUGCCAGUAAUGUAAUGGUGACAGGGCAGUUGGUUUCCUUUUGGGUCAUCCUUGCCUCUCCAUUUGAGAAAUUCACCUGAAAUGCUAGUCUCUUGGACUUCUCAUCCUUGCCCCAUGCCUUUCUUCUUCCUGCCAUGUCCCUGCACUUCAGUCUUUUUACUACCCACCACCUCCUUCCUGUGUCUCUCUCGUUACUCUGUUCUCUGAUGACUUGUUCAAUUUUUAUGUAGCUGUGAAUAAUUUUACAUUAAAUUGCUAAUGAUUUUAAUUGACAAUGUGGCUUCUGUUUAAGUCUGAAGCACAUCCUGUUUGACUUCAGGACUUGGAAAUGCAUUUGCUUUGGCAUUCUAAGAUCGAGUAAAUGAGGCUAUAUCAUGGUCAUUUUGAUUUCUCCCCUAUGGGGAAGUGUCUGGUGUUUAUCUGUUGUUACCUCGUAUGCCGCAGCCUGAUCCAAAAUCUAUUUUGAAGAAAUGCAGGCUCAAACAUGCAUCCUGUAAUUGCCGUUUGCUAAUUGGGUUAACCUUUCCUGGUCUGUAGUGAACAGAGUAGUCUUGGCCAACCUUCUCUAUCCGUCAUCACUGCAGCUCAUGUGUGGGACUUGCUAAAUCAAUAUUUGUGUAUGAAAAUUUAAAGAAAAAAAUGCAGAUGCUGGAAAUCUGAAAUAAAAGCAGCAAAUGCUGGAAACACUCAGUAGCUCAGGCAGCAUCUGUGGAACAUUUCAGGUUGAAGCUCUGUCAUCAAAACCUUGAUGGAGGGUCUUUGACCUGAAAAGCUAACUCUUUUUUUUCCCCCAAUGCUGCCUGAUCUGCUGAGUGUUUCCAGCAUUUUGUUUACAUUUCAAAAUGUAUGUGUUAUGGUCAUGUGUAACUCACUUCAAAUGAUUAGCUGUUUUAAUGAUAUUUGAUCACUUCAUUGUGAUUACUUGCUGCUUACCUUUUAAAGGCCAAAUAAAUGAGUUUCAAUAUGUUUCAGCCAGUAGUUAAUCUGUUAAUUUUGAUGUUUGAAGCAAAUCUCUAAGUAUCCAUCUGAAAGGGAAUUCCCUCUGAUAUUACUGUUUUGUUUUGGUAUACCUGUAAAAUCUAGCUUAAUGAAACUUCUGAAGUUAUUUUUGUUAUACAACCAUAUGCACACUGGUUAUCUAGAGGAAAUGAACAUACCUUCUGUUAUGACUGACUAUGCCUGACAAGAGUCAGGUUUUCCAAAUGAUGAAUUAAGUGUGAUGUUGUGAAGAAAAUGGAUCUGAAUAACACAGCUUUCCUUCCUGUGUUUAUGUAAUGUACCAAGGGGGUAUAUUGGUACAGAAGUAAGGCAGCUGAAUAAAGGAUAUGAGCCCACCUGCUGUAAAUGUCACAUCAAAAGUAUUUGACUGCUUAUACAAUACAAUUCUUAGCUGUAUUUGAUGUAGGCACAAAUCCUCUUGGGAGUGUCUGAAACCUGUUGCCAUUCAAAACAAGAUCAUGUAGUCACACAGCAUGGAAAUGGGUCCUUUGGCUAACUGUGUCUGUGCUGAUGCCAAGCACCAAUUUAUACCAAUCCCAUUUUCAUUCUCCCCAUAUUCCCAUCUGCGCUACCCAGAUUCUACCACUCACAUACAGACUAGGGCAAUGUAC